AUGGCUGAUUUGGAUAGCGUGUGGGAGAAAUUUCUCCCAUCCGACCGUGCUGAAAUUCUAUCCAGAUUAGUAUGUCCAAUAACUUAUUCCUCUAACAAAGAGUUGUUUAUCAGGUUAUGCAGUCCAAAUCUAAUUGAUGGUGGUAAGAAGAUGUUCUCAAUAGAGAAGUCGACAAGUAAAAAAUGUUACAUGUUAAGUGCAAGGGAUGUUUCAAUUACAUGGGCAUGCAAUCCUCUGUAUUGGACCUGGAGACCUCUUGUUGAAUCAAGAUUUGCAGAGGUUGCUGAACUCAGAACCAUUUGGUGGCUGGAAAUAUGUGGCACAAUGAACACUCAAAUGCUGUCACCAAAAACAGUCUAUGGGGCCUAUCUUAUUGUCAAGUUGGCUGACCGUGCGUAUGGCUUAGACUCUUUCCCAUCUGAGGUUUCACUUGAAGUUGGCAACUUCAAAUCACAAGGUACAGUUUACUUGAGCACACGCCAUGAUCAAAGUAGGAAGCAGGCUGCUGCUGCUGCUGAUUUAGAACAUGAACAUUUUUCGAAGCGGAUCAGAGCUUCGAGACGGAGGGUUUUAGAAGGAGAUCAUGGAGGAGGUCUCUGUGAGCGCAAAGAUGGGUGGAUGGAAGUAGAAAUAGGGAGCUUUUACAAUGAAGGCUGUGCUAAUAAUGAUGUAAAGAUGAGUCUAAAAGAAGUGAAGGGUGCCCAUCUUAAAGGUGGACUUAUUGUUGAGGGUAUUGAGAUUAGGCCAAAAAUUGAACUCUCUGACUCAACGGCUUUGAAGUAUAGAACAAUCUGA